AUGGUCAAAAUCGCGGUUGUCGGCGGUACAGGAAACGUCGCCAAAAACCUCCUCCACGCCCCAAUCCGCUCUGGAAAACACGAAAUCACUAUUUUUACUCGUUCCGGUACCCCUUCCAAUCCCAUCCCAGGCCUCACCUACCAAAAAGUCGACUACCAGGACCUACCCGGCCUCACGAAUACACUCAAAGGCUUCCACACCUGUCUCUCCUUCCUAAUUGCCCACCAAGACGUCAACAACACCGUGCAAAAAGAAUCUUAUCCACGCAUGCAUCGCCGCCGACGUGCGCCGCUUCGCUCCCUCAGAAUGGGCACUAACCAACAACUCCCGGCGUCGGGCCACCAGCUAGGUGGCCUGGAGUACUGUCUCUUCCAACCCAGCGUGUUCAUGGAUUACUUCGCGCACCCGCACUCACUGACUCCUGGCCUGUUCACUUGGACUUUCUUCGUGGAUCUGGAGAACAGGCGCGCGAUGAUACUGGACGAUGGCGAGAUUCCUGUCGUAAUCACUGCUAUAUCUGAUAUCUCGGAGGUCUUGGCGCUUGCGCUGGACGAUCCUAGGCCGUGGCCAGUCAUUGGUGGUAUCCAGGGUGCGAAGACUACCAGCAACGAAAUCUUGGCGCUUGGGAAGAAGAUCAGGGGUGGUGAGUGGAGUGUGGAGUAUGUGAAGAGCGAGGAUGUUCAAAGAGGAGAGUUGAAGACGAGUUGGGUGCCGGUGUUUGAUCAUCCAAUUAUCCCGGUGGAGAGUCGGGAAGAGUUUUCGAAGACGUUCGUUAUUGAGUUUUUUGUGGCGAUGGGGAGGGGCGCAUGGGGCGUGAGUGAUGAGUUCAACAAGCGUUUCCCUGAGUACAAGUUCACAGGGGUGGAGGAGUACUUGAGUAAGGCGUGGGAGGGGAAGGCUUAAGUGUGCAGGUGUGGCGACGAUGGAUUGUUUUUAGUGACGGAUCGAUGAGAAAAACUCAAGGUCGAAGAAAACAUAUAUACAAAGAAGCCAAUCGAUAUCUACAGUGAA